AUGAGAUCGUUGGUGGUGUUGCUCGCUAUGGUCGCCGUGGCGGUUGGCGCUCCUCACGUGGAGAAGAGAUCUAUCGCCGUACCGCUGACUUACGCAGCUGUGCCGACGGCAGUGUCACAUCAGUCCCGAGUGGAUAUACAUAGCUCCCCGGCCGUGGUAGCGGCUGCCCCUGUCUCAUACGUUGCCGAACCCGUUGUAGCUCGUGCGGUUUAUGCCGCUCCUGUCUCUACCGUAUACGUUGGCGGUGCGGCAGUGUCUCACCAAUCUCGUGUGGACAUACGCUCCUCUCCUGCAUACUCUCAGCAAGUGGUGGCUCCAGCAGUAGUCGAGGCCCGUUCCGUCUACGCUCCUUCCAUCUACGCUUGGUAA